GUUUCAUUGUGUCUAAUGCAGAACGUAUUAAAUCUGAAUUACUGGCAAUGUGUAAUGAAGAGAACGGAUCAAUGUCCAGACAUGGAUAUCAAAAUAUUUUUGUAUUCCAGCGGUGCUAAACGAAAAAAAUUGAUCGAUGUCCGAAACAAGAACACACUCCGGUACAGCGGUUGGGAUCCUAGCAAAAAAAACGUCAUCAUUAUUCACGGUUUUAACGGAACAGAAAGCAAGACCCCGAUGACAAUCAUAAGAAACGCGUAUCUGAACCGAAAAGACUACAACGUGUUCACYGUGGACUGGGAGCCGCUGACGUUCUUCCCGUGUUACCUGUCCUCGCUGAGCAACACCAGACUGGUGGCCCAGUGCACGGCCCAAUUCUACGCCCAUCUCACCUAUUCAGGGGCAUCGGCGUACGACAUACACUGCGUCGGCCACAGUCUCGGGGCCCACAUAUGCGGCAUGAUCAGCAACCACUUGACGCACAGACAGCACAAGAUCAUUGGUCUAGAUCCGGCCAGGCCGCUUGUGGACAGGUACGGUUCGGCCGAGUUCCGGUUGACCAGGGACGACGCGACCACUGUUCAGGUGAUACACACGAACGCUGGAUUCCUCGGCGAAGCACCACAAGUGGGACACGUCGACUUUUGCGUUAACGGCGGUCGUCUGCAACCGAGCUGCGCCAAGGAGCCCAGGAAUAUCCGUCGAGCCCGGUGCAGUCACUUCCUCAGUGCUUGUUUCUUCGCGGCUUCCGUCUCGGAACGGGGUAAGCGCCACCAGGGCAUCCCCUGCACGUCCACCUGCGAACCRCUGUCCAGGACGUACGCCAAAGACGUGCCCGUGUCCAUGGGAUUCCACACUCCGGACAAUGCUCGAGGAACGUACUGCAUUCAAAUGCGUAACAGUAAAGCGUGUCCAUUCGAUUAGACCAGAACCUCCAACAGG